AUGGUCAGCGAAAAGAAAGACGAAACCGCCACAAAGCCCACCGAGGAAAAGGUUGAUGAAAAAUCCACCAAAGACAAUGAAAAGAAGGACAAAAACGACAAGAAGGAGCAAGAGGAAGAGUUGUCUGAGGAAGAUCAGCAGCUAAAGAAUGAAUUAGAGAUGAUGGUUGAGCGCCUAAGGGAAAACAACAAGGAACUUCAUCGUCCUGCACUCGAGCAACUGCGUACAGCGAUCCGUACUUCCACCAGCUCAAUGACUUCUGUACCCAAGCCAUUGAAGUUUUUGAGCAAAUACUAUCCCUUAUUAAAGAAGCUGCAUGAGUCAUGGCCCGAUUCUGCAGACAAGAAGCUUCUUGCUGAUAUCUUGUCAGUGCUUUCCAUGAGUUAUGCUGAGGAAGGUCAACGUGAAGCUUUGAGAUAUAGAUUCGUAGGUUCCACUGAAGAGGAUAUCGGUUCUUGGGGACACGAGUAUGUUAGACACUUGUCAGGCGAGAUUAUGCAAGAAUAUCAAGCACGCUUAGAAAACGAUCAAUCAACAGAGGAAUUGAUUACAUUGGCUUUGGAGAUUGUUCCCUUCUUCCUCAAACACAACGCGGAGGCUGAUGCUGUUGAUCUCUUGCUUGAAGUUGAAUCGAUUGACCAACUUACUCGUUUUGUCGAUAAGGAUACCUAUGAGCGUGUCUGUCUUUAUAUGGUUGGCUGUGUCAAUUUGUUGGCUCCUCCCGAUGAUGUCGAGUUCCUCAAAACAGCUCGUGCCAUUUACCGUCAGCAAGAAAAAUACGCUCAAGCACUUAAUUUGUCCAUCCGUGUUGGCGAUAUGGAUUUGAUCAAGGAGGACUUUGAGCAAUGCCCUGAUCCCACUCUCAAGAAGCAAAUGGCAUUCCAACUUGCCCGUCAACAAAUUUACAUUGAAACAGACGAUGCUGAUCUCAACGGCUGCAUCAACAACAGCAACCUCUCGCGCUAUUUCCUUUCCCUUGCACGUGAAUUGGAUGUAAUGGAACCCAAGGUCCCUGAAGACAUUUACAAGAGCCAUUUGGAGAACCACAGAACUGCUUUCAGCAGCAACAUUGAUUCUGCUCGCAACAACUUAUCAUCGACCUUUGUCAAUGCAUUUGUGAACGCUGCUUUCUGUAAGGACAAAUUGAUGAUUACUGACGAUGAAGGUGAUUCCUCUUGGAUUUACAAGACCAAGGAGCAUGGCAUGACCAGUGCUACUGCUUCUUUGGGUUUGAUCUGCCUCUGGGAUAUUGAAACUGGCUUGAGUUUGAUUGAUAAAUACAUGUACUCUACGGACGACCAUAUCAAGGCUGGUGCUUUGCUUGCUAUUGGUAUUGUCAAUUCCGGUGUGCGUGAGGAAUCUGAUCCCGCAAUAGCCUUGUUGUCUGAACAUUUGGAGAGCGGAAGUCUCUCUAUCAAGCAAGCUGCUAUUUUUGGUCUCGGUCUUGCCUACGCUGGUUCCGCUCGUGAAGAAGUGUCAGAAUUGCUCUUGCCUAUUGUCAGCGAUACCAACCUGGCCAUGGAGCUCUCCUCAUUAGCUGCUUUGGCCCUUGGUCUCGUUUUUGUUGGUUCUUGUGAUGGCGACAUUACCAGCACUAUUUUGCAGACAAUGAUGGAGCGUGAAGAUAUCUACCUCAAGGAUUCAUGGUCUCGCUUCAUGGCUUUGGGUCUUGGUCUCUUAUAUCUCGGCAAGCAAGAUGCCUCUGAAGCUACUUUGGAGACAUUAAAGGCCAUUGAGCAUCCUCUUGGUAAGCAAGCGGAAGUUUUGGUUGAAGCCUUAUCCUAUGCUGGUACCGGCAACGUCUUGAAGGUGCAAAAGAUGCUCCACAUGUGUAACGAUCAUUUGGAUAAAGAAAAGGACGACGACACCUUCCAAGGCUUUGCUACGCUCGGUGUUGCUUUGAUUGCUAUGGGCGAAGAAGUUGGAUCAGAAAUGUCUUUGCGCACCUUUAACCACUUGAUGCACUAUGGCGAACCUGUCAUCAGAAAGACUGUGCCCCUAGCAUACGGUCUUUUGUGUGCAUCCAAUCCUCAAGUCAACAUUCUCGAUACACUCAGUAAAUACUCUCACGACAAUGACAGCGAAGUGGCUAUCAGUGCCAUCUUUGCCAUGGGUAUUGUAGGUGCUGGUACUAACAAUGCUCGUCUUGCACAAAUGUUGAGACAACUGGCCAGCUUCUACCACAAGGAUGCUUCUAGCUUGUUCAUGGUCCGUAUUGCACAAGGCUUAUUGCACAUGGCCAAGGGUACAAUGACAUUGAACCCCUUCCACACCGAUCGUCAAAUCAUGUCACCUGUUGCUAUUGCUGGUUUAAUGACAAGUAUCAUUGCUUUUACUGAUCACAAAUCAUUUAUCUUUGGUAAAUUCCAUUACUUGUUGUAUUCACUUGUCACUGCCAUGUAUCCUCGCUUCUUAAUCACAUUUGAUGAAUCUGUUGAGAGCCUGCCUGUUACUGUGCGUGUGGGUCAAGCUGUGGAUGUUGUUGGUCAAGCAGGCCGUCCAAAGACCAUCACUGGUUUCCAAACACACUCUACUCCUGUCCUUCUUGCUCAUUCAGAACGUGCUGAAUUGGCUACUGAAGAAUAUAUUCCUUUGGCUCCUGUAUUAGAAGGUAUCGUUCUGUUACGAAAGAACCCUGACUACAUGGAGGAAGAUAAAGAAUAA